AUGUCCCAGCCUUCUGCUGAUGCAUCCUCUUCCACUCCACCUGACUCGGACCCAAAACCUUCUUCAUCCACUGCAAAAACUGAAAAGGAACAACAAGCUCCCACAAACUCGCCUGUUGUUACUUCGCAUUCUUCUCAUCAUAAACAGAUUGCUUCUUCGACACCCAUUUCACUUCCAGACACAGCCAAUACUGGCUACUCGCAGCUUCUGCUCAUGGACCACGACGAGCGAACCGGCUCCUCCACAAAGGAAAACGGGCCCGAUUCGGUGCCUUUGACCAGCACAAACGCCUUCUCCGGUACUCUCUCUGGAACCUCCUCUCCUCACAUCACCUCCCCAACUACUCUUCAUCACAGACCAGGUAAUUCGCUGUCAAAUACCCCACGAACAAGUACUGAAAGUGCCGCAUCCGCCACCCAAUCUACUACCUCUCAUGUUCUUCUCUCCCCCAAAGCUAUCGUCUCAACACCAGUCUUGAGUCAUCCGGACGCCGACGACCAUCAUAGCAUUCUUUCAGGUGAAAUCUCGCCAAAUACCGCUCGGCCGGCAAAUUCAGUCCAGUUCCGCUCCGGUGAUGGCUAUGCACAAAGCAUAAUCAGCACAACUAGUUCAGACAUUGAAAACCUCCCAAAUGCUCAAUACUUCCAAGAUGUGCAUCCAUUGCUCACAUCGCCCCUUGCCUCACCGCCUCAUUCAAAUGACCCUGGAGCACCUUCGAUUAUUCCCACACAUACUGUCGAUGACCUCGAAAUUCGCAACUCUAUUCACGGUGGCGUUCGUAAUGCGGCCGGAACUCCCGACGGCGGUCCCGCGUCAUCCCGCCCUGCACGGCUAAACCGCUCUCUUUCUGUUGUUUCCAUCCGUGCCCUCAAUGACACUGUCGACUGGAUUGUCGACCAGUUCCAUCGUUACAAGCGGGGCCGUCGUGGUCGUAUGCUUGUACGGGCUCCCAGACCUAAUGAAAUUUACUACUCCGUCUUUAAACCUCCUAAAACCAUGGGCCAAACUUUUUCACUCACAAUUGAUGAUCUUCAAACUGGUAAAGACGGCUAUGCACAACCACUCCAAGCCACGCAGGCCGAGUUUGACGCCAUUAUCGACGAUGCUAUAGAAUCGAUCGAGUCGCUGCAUAUAAACCCAAAGCUCAUUUCUCAAGGCUCGUCCGGAUCUUAUUUUGUCUACAACACUUCCGGAACAAUUGUUGGUGUCUUUAAGCCUAAGGAUGAGGAACCAUAUGGCCCACUUUCGCCAAAGUGGACCAAGUGGCUUCAUCGCAAUCUUUUCCCAUGCUUUUUUGGUCGCUCAUGUCUCAUCCCCAAUAAUGGAUAUAUAGCCGAAGCUGCAGCUAGCUUGCUUGAUCGUCAGCUUGGGACUCAUAUUGUCCCAUUCACUGACAUUGUUCACAUGUCUGCACCUACAUUUUACUACCGGUUCUUUGACCGCCGUAACUACCGACUUAAAGGCAAGCCCUUGCCACCAAAAAUUGGAUCACUUCAGCUCUUUUUGCAUGACUAUGUUCAAGCUGACCAAUUUUUGCGCGACCACCCACUUGACAAUACGCGCCGUCUUACACGCACUACAUCAUUUGCGUCUGGAUUCCGCCCCCCACGACCAGAAUCUGGUCCUCAUUUUGAGUGGACCCCUCAAAUAAUUGCUCAGUUUCGCGAAGAAAUUGAAAAAUUAGUCAUUUUGGACUAUAUCAUGCGCAACACUGACCGUGGUCUGGAUAACUGGAUGGUCAAGCUAGAAUGGUAUGAGGAUAUUUCUUCAGACUCCCCGGAGGAGGAUAAUUCGGACGACUCAACAGUUACCGGAAGUGAUGAAGACAAUAAAAAGAAGAAGAAGAAACUCAUUCCCUUUAUUCGUCUCGGCGCAAUUGACUCAGGUUUAGCUUUUCCCUGGAAGCAUCCUGACGAGUGGCGCUCAUAUCCCUUUGGAUGGCUUUUCCUGCCCAUGAUUCUCAUAGGGCAACCCUUUUCCCAACGCACACGCGAUCACUUCCUGCCACUUUUGACGUCAUCGGAGUGGUGGGAAGAAAGCGCUGUUGUGUUUCGACAUCUCUUCUCUCAAGACACUGAGUUUAGUGAACGCAUGUUUAAGCGUCAGUGGGCUGUGCUCAAGGGCCAAGCGUUCAAUGUUGUCGAGACUCUGAAGGACCCAGAACAAGGUCCUCUUGAACUUGUGCGCCGCACACGCGUCAUGGUCUGGGACGAUGAAAUGGAUGUACCUGUAAAUGUGCCCUACGAUACGCUUUCAACUGCCAUUGAAACCCCUCUCUGGGCAUCGCAUAGCAACUUUGCACAUCCCACUACCUCAGCAGCUGCUUACCCUCCUAUGGGCCCGCCCUCUACGGAUAUAUGGAAAAAGCGACCUGGUACAGUUGCUGGUAUCGUUAAUCGGCCCUACGCUGACGAUCCAGACGAAAUUGACGUUGCAACGGUUGCACGCCGUGCCGCACAGGCAACCGAGGAAGCACUACAGAAUACUCGGAACGUCGCACCCAUUAGCGGUAGUAGUGAAUCAGCUCAAAAUGGAGGUACCACUGCUGGUGACACCGGCCAUGAUUCAACGAAACCCCUUAAAAAGGGGAAACGUAUGCGUGGAAGUUCGCUUAUUUUGGAAGCUCGCUACAGGGAACUUGAACAUAAUUCAAGCGAUCAUGAUGCAGGCAGUAGUAGUCACCAUUCGAAACGUUCUAAUGGUGCUACUGGUGCUGUUAGUGCUAAAAGUGGUAGUAGCGGUGUCAUUAGUGGCAGUGGUGGUAGUGGUAGUACUCAUGGCGCUGCGAAUGGAGACGCUGCAGGUUCUGGGGCGGCUUCUGCAGCAGGGAUUGCGGGGUCUGGACAUGGGCAUGGACAUAUUUAUCACCACCAGAAGCCGUUGUUUGAGGAUUUGAUUGAAGCACCUGGACAAAAGAAAAGCACUGGCUCAAAUUCUGGCAACACCCGGAGCCAUAGUGACAGCCAAACAGAUACUGGUAGCCAGCAACGCCUGGAGCCUUACCGCGACGAUCCUUCAGCAGCGGCUGACGAGGAUAAUGAAGGGCUGCACAAUGUGGGGUUUUCUAUUGCGGAGGACUUUUCUCAAGCAUCGCGCAAGGUUGUGGUUGAGCGGCUUCAAACAGUAACGAGCCGACCGCCCGUUUUUACAUGGUGUUGA